AUGGAAAUACAUUUAUUUAAUUCUUUAACUAAUCAAAAUGAUUGUUUAAUUCUUGAAUCUCGGCAAAUUGUUAAUAUUUACCUAUGUGGACCGACUGUUUAUGACCAUAUUCACGUUGGUAAUCUCCGACCAGUAAUUGUUUUUGACGUCUUGCAUCGUUUUUUCCUCUCCUAUGGUUAUGGAGUGAAAUAUGUGCAUAAUUUAACCGAUAUUGACGACAAGAUUAUCCAAAAGGCCCAAAGAGAAAAAAAAUCCGAACAACAAAUCACUCGGCAUUACACCAAGGCUUAUUUUCAAAAUUUGGCAAAUUAUAACAUUCUUCAACCAACUUUUACUCCAAAAGUAACUGAUUAUAUUCCCCAAAUUCAGAAGUUCAUUAAUAAUUUGCUCAAAAAAAACCAAGCUUACCGGCAAGGAAAUGAUGUUUUAUUCCGAGCAAAAGGCAAUCAAGAGUACGGUCAACUUUCUAAACAAAAAGUUGAGAAAUUACAAAGCGGGGAAAAAAGACAAAAUGCCCGGGAAAUUACUCAGAUUGAUAAAGAAACCCCGCAAGACUUCGUUUUGUGA